UCUUCCGAAACUCAUUUGAACCAUAGGUACGUUGGAGACAUUUUGGUCAGUAAAAAAAGGCACGCCCAGAGACGUUUUGUCUGUCGCUUAGACACUCUUUAACCCUUUGGGUGGAUUUCUCUCGUUACGUGGAAUUACAUCAAUCUCAGUUCCUCUGUAGAGCUGUCGCGGCCCCGGGCGGUGUUUUUGACAUAAAGCUGAAGAAAUGGCCGUAUAAACGGUGUCAUGUUCGGAGUACGUUGUGGUUUGGGUGGACCUCGAGCCUGCGGAAUGAAAAUAAACGGAGACGUCAACAUGGCGACAGCUGCUUCACCCCUGCGCUCGAGAUGAAUCCUCAUUUAUGAAGCUCCCAGAGUGACCGGAGAUUAGCUGGUGCAGCUACCAGAGCAGGAUGUCAAUAUGGCUGCUCAGCUGCUCGUUCCACCCGGACCUGACAGCUUCCGGCCCUUCGUGCCCGAGUCUCUCGCUGCUAUCGAGCGCCGCAUCGCAGAGGAGGCGGCCCAACGGCCCAAAGGCGAGAGACGGCUUGAUGAUGAUGACGAAAAUGGGCCCAAACCCAACAGUGAUCUGGAAGCGGGAAAAUCCCUGCCCUUCAUCUACGGAGACAUUCCGCCCAACAUGGUGUCCGUCCCACUGGAGGACCUGGACUCCUACUACAGCAGCCAAAAUACCUUUAUAGUAUUGAAUCGUGGAAAGGCUAUAUUUCGCUUUAAUGCUACACCAGCCUUGUAUAUUUUGAGCCCAUUCAAUCCUUUGAGGAGAAUCUCCAUCAAGAUCCUGGUGCAUUCGCUGUUCAGUUUUGUGAUCAUGUGCACAAUCUUGACCAACUGCACCUUCAUGACCCUCAGCAAUCCUCCGGACUGGGCCAAGAAUGUGGAGUACACGUUCACAGGGAUCUACACCUUCGAAUCCCUGAUUAAGAUCCUGGCUCGGGGCUUCUGCGUGGGGAAGUUCACUUUCCUGCGAGACCCCUGGAACUGGCUGGAUUUCAGUGUCAUUCUGAUGGCAUAUGUAACAGAAUUUGUGGAUCUGGGCAAUGUCUCAGCACUGAGAACCUUCAGGGUUUUACGAGCGCUCAAAACUAUAUCAGUGAUUCCAGGGCUGAAGACCAUCGUCGGCGCUCUGAUCCAGUCCGUGAAGAAGCUGUCAGAUGUAAUGAUCCUGACGGUCUUCUGUCUAAGCGUGUUUGCUCUGAUCGGGCUGCAGCUCUUCAUGGGAAUCCUUCGGCAGAAGUGUUUAAAGAUACCAGAGGCCAACGUCACUGAAAACCUGACCACCUCAUUCAACUUCAGCAUCGGCUUAGAGCUGCACAACUCCACUUUUAACUGGACAGAGUACAUUAGUGAUGAUAGAAAUUAUUAUUACCUCCCAGGCCGUAGAGAUGCUUUGCUGUGUGGAAAUUCUAGUGAUGCAGGUCAAUGUCCAGAGGGCUUCUCAUGUAUAAAAGCGGGUCGUAAUCCUGACUAUGGCUACACAAGCUUUGACACGUUCAGCUGGGCCUUCCUCUCACUCUUCAGACUCAUGACACAAGACUUCUGGGAAAACCUCUACCAGCAGACCCUACGUGCAGCAGGAAAGCCCUAUAUGAUCUUCUUUGUGCUGGUGAUCUUCCUGGGCUCUUUCUAUCUGGUGAAUCUUAUCCUGGCUGUGGUGGCCAUGGCAUAUGAUGAACAGAACCAGGCCACCAUAGAAGAAGCCCAACAGAAAGAGGAAGAGUUUCAAGCCAUGCUGGAACAGCUAAAGAGGCAACAGGAAGAGGCACAGGUUGCCAUGGCAGCAGCAACAGAGAGUGGGGAGUACAGCGGGAGGGGGGGCUUGUCAGAGGAGAGCUCCUCCGGCGGGUCCAGACUUAGCUCCAAGAGCGCUAAAGAGCGAAGGAACCGGCGGAAGAAGCGAAAACAAAGGGAGGAAGAAGAGAAAGCUGAUCAGGAGAAGUUCCAUAAGUCAGCGUCAGAGGACAGUAUCAGACGGCCUGGAUUUCGAUUCUCCAUAGAUGCCAACCGACUCUCGUAUGAGAAGAAGUGCUCCACUCCAAAUCAGUCUCUGCUCAGCAUCCGCGGUUCAAUUUUCUCCCCGAGGAGAAACAGUCGUGCAAGCCUGUUCAGUUUUCGCGGUAGAGCGCGGGACUUUGGCUCAGAGAAUGAUUUUGCUGAUGAUGAGCACAGCACGUUUGAGGAUAGCGACAGUCGCCGUGGAUCGCUCUUCGUACCUCGAUGCAUUGAGAGAAGAAGUUCCACUGUCAGUCACUGUAGCCUGGCACCCAGGAUUAUGCUUCCAGCCAAUGGGAAGAUGCACUGCACCGUCGAUUGCAAUGGUGUGGUCUCUCUGGUGGGUGGGACUUCGGUGCCAACAUCACCAAUCGGACGGUUGUUACCUGAGGGCACAACCACCGAGUCUGAAGCACGGAAAAAGUGUUCUGGAUCACACCAGCCGUCUAAUUAUCUGGACGAGACAGUGGCCAGAAAAAGAGCUCUAAGUGUGGCUAGCAUUCUGACAAAUACUAUGGAAGAACUCGAGGAAUCGCGGCAGAAAUGUCCUCCUUGCUGGUACAAGUUUGCCAAUGGUUUCCUCAUCUGGGACUGCUGUCCAGCAUGGCUGAAGGUGAAGGAGAUUGUGAACAUGGUGGUGAUGGAUCCGUUUGUUGAUCUGGCCAUAACCAUCUGCAUUGUACUUAACACCCUCUUCAUGGCAAUGGAACACUAUCCCAUGACUGACGAGUUCAACCAUGUGCUUUUAGUGGGCAACCUGGUGUUCACAGGAAUCUUCACAGCAGAGAUGUGUCUGAAGGUCAUUGCUCUGGACCCUUAUUACUACUUCCAAGAGGGCUGGAAUAUCUUUGAUGGCAUCAUCGUGAGCCUGAGCCUCAUGGAGCUGGGACUAGCCAAUGUGGAGGGGCUUUCAGUCUUGCGGUCUUUUAGAUUGUUGAGAGUGUUUAAGCUGGCAAAGUCUUGGCCCACUCUGAACAUGCUGAUCAAGAUCAUUGGUAACUCAGUUGGUGCUUUGGGGAAUCUAACCCUGGUUCUGGCCAUCAUUGUCUUCAUCUUUGCUGUGGUGGGAAUGCAGCUUUUUGGAAAGAGCUACCGUGAAUGCGUCUGCAAGAUCUCAGAGGACUGCAAGUUGCCUCGGUGGCACAUGGACGAUUUCUUCCACUCCUUCCUGAUCGUGUUCCGGGUGCUGUGUGGUGAAUGGAUCGAGACAAUGUGGGACUGCAUGGAAGUGGCGGGACAAACAAUGUGUCUCAUUGUCUUCAUGAUGGUCAUGGUCAUUGGGAAUCUGGUGGUGUUGAACCUGUUCCUGGCCUUGCUGCUGAGCUCUUUCAGUGCUGACAAUCUGGCCGCCACAGAUGACGACAGCGAAAUGAAUAACCUACAGAUCGCAGUGGGCAGAAUACAGAAAGGUAUUGCGCUGGUGAAGUCCACUUUACGUCAAUUCCUGCAAAGCCUCUGCCUGGCCGGCUCCAAACCGGGCACUCUAGAUGAGGAGAAGCCCCUCGAUGACCUCCACAGCAACGGCAAGGAGAACUGCUUGUCUAAUCAUGCUCCCGUGGCCGUUGAUCUCACUAAAGGCUAUCUGAAGGAGGGCUGCGUCUCCCCGGGUAACGGGGUCAAAGGUCACGUUAAGUAUGGAAUUGAGGAGGGUGACUACAUGUCGUUCAUACACAAUCCCAGCCUUACGGUUACUGUACCAAUUGCGGUGGGAGAAUCGGACUUUGAAAAUCUGAACACGGAAGACUUCAGUAGCGACUCGUCUGACGUGGAGGGCAGUAAAGAGAAGCUUCCGAUAGAUGUGGUUCUCAGUUCCUCAGAGGGGAGCACGGUGGAUAUCCGACCACCUGGAGAGGGGGUGGAGUCCGUCGAGUUGGAGCCGGAGGAGUCCCUGGACCCAGAGGCCUGCUUCACUGAAGGCUGUGUGAUGAGGUUUCAGUGCUGUCAGGUGGAAGUGGAAAGGGGAAACUGGAAGAGUUGGUGGACUCUCAGGAAAACCUGCUUUAUUAUUGUAGAGCACAACUGGUUUGAGUCCUUCAUCAUCUUCAUGAUUUUACUGAGCAGUGGAGCACUGGCAUUCGAGGACAUUUACAUUGAGCAGCGUAAGACGAUAAAGACGGUGUUGGAAUAUGCGGAUAAAGUCUUCACCUACAUCUUUAUUUUGGAGAUGCUUCUAAAAUGGGUUGCAUAUGGCUUCGUCAAAUACUUCACCAACGCCUGGUGCUGGCUUGACUUCCUGAUAGUUGAUGUGUCAUUGGUGAGUCUGGUAGCAAAUGCUCUUGGUUACUCUGAACUAAGUGCAAUUAAGUCACUGAGAACACUGCGUGCUCUUAGACCUUUGAGAGCACUGUCACGCUUUGAGGGAAUGAGGGUUGUCGUGAAUGCUCUGCUGGGAGCCAUUCCUUCCAUUAUGAAUGUGCUGCUGGUGUGCUUGAUCUUCUGGCUGAUCUUCAGCAUCAUGGGGGUGAACCUCUUUGCUGGGAAAUACUAUCAUUGUGUUAAUAUCAGCAAUGAUGAGAUGUUUCCCAUCAGUGUGGUCAACAACAAGUCUGAAUGUUUUGCCCUGAUCAAAAACAAUGACACAGCACGCUGGAUAAAUGUGAAAAUUAACUUCGAUAAUGUGGGAGCCGGAUACCUGGCCCUAUUGCAAGUGGCCACAUUUAAAGGAUGGAUGGACAUCAUGUAUGCCGCUGUGGAUUCCCGUGAUUUGGAGCAACAGCCUGACUAUGAAUCAAAUCUUUAUAUGUACCUAUAUUUUGUAAUCUUCAUUAUCUUUGGCUCGUUCUUCACCCUCAACCUCUUUAUUGGUGUCAUCAUCGACAACUUCAAUCAGCAAAAGAAAAAGCUUGGAGGUCAGGAUAUCUUCAUGACAGAAGAGCAGAAGAAAUAUUACAAUGCCAUGAAGAAACUGGGAUCUAAAAAGCCUCAAAAGCCAAUUCCCAGGCCUACGAACAAGUUUCAGGGCUUUGUCUUUGACUUAAUCACCAAACAAGCCUUCGACAUUGUUAUUAUGAUCCUGAUCUGCUUGAACAUGGUGACCAUGAUGGUGGAAACUGAUGACCAGACAAAGGAGAUGGAUGACAUCCUCUACUGGAUAAACCUGGUUUUCAUCGUCCUCUUCACUGGAGAAUGUACACUCAAGAUGGUCUCCUUGCGACACUAUUUCUUCACCAUUGGCUGGAAUGUGUUUGACUUUGUGGUGGUGAUUCUGUCAAUUGUUGGCAUGUUCCUUUCGGAUAUAAUUGAGAAAUACUUUGUUUCGCCAACCUUAUUCCGAGUCAUCAGACUUGCCAGAAUCGGUCGCAUUCUUCGUCUCAUCAAAGGAGCCAAAGGCAUUCGUACCCUCCUGUUUGCCUUGAUGAUGUCACUUCCUGCCUUGUUCAAUAUUGGCCUCCUCCUUUUCCUAGUCAUGUUUAUCUAUGCCAUCUUUGCAAUGUCUAACUUUGCCUACGUGAAGCAUGAGGCGGGGAUUGACGACAUGUUUAACUUUGAGACAUUUGGAAACUCUAUGCUUUGCUUGUUCCAGAUCACCACAUCUGCAGGAUGGGACGGCCUCUUGGCGCCCAUCCUGAAUAAGCAAUAUCCAGAUUGUGAUAGUGAAACAGAGCACCCGGGCAACUCGUACCGCGGAGACUGCGGAAACCCUUCAGUUGGCAUUUUCUUCUUUGUAAGCUACAUCAUUAUCUGCUUCCUGAUUGUGGUGAACAUGUACAUUGCUGUCAUCUUGGAGAACUUCAGCGUAGCCACAGAAGAGAGUGCUGAACCACUCAGCGAGGAUGACUUUGAAAUGUUCUAUGAAGUCUGGGAGCGCUUUGACCCCAACGCCACACAGUUCGUGGAAUACGACAAGCUUUCUGACUUCGCGGACGCUCUGGAUCCUCCUUUACGCAUCCCCAAGCCCAACAAGAUCCAGCUGAUAGCUAUGGACCUGCCUAUGGUCAGUGGUGACCGAAUCCACUGCCUGGACAUCCUGUUUGCCUUCACACUGAGGGUACUUGGGGAGGAGGGUGAGAUGGAUGCCCUGAGAGGACAGAUGGAGGAUCGCUUCAUGGCCUCCAAUCCCUCCAAAGUCUCCUAUGAGCCCAUCACAACAACCCUCCGCCGUAAACAGGAGGAGAUGUCUGCCGUAAUCAUCCAGAGGGCCUUCCGACGGUACCGCAUAAGGCUAACCAUAAAGAAGGCCUCCAAAGCAUACCGGCAACAGCUGCAGGACGGGGGCAUACGUAUCCCGGAGAAGGAGGUGCUCGUAAUUGGAAAGUUUCAAGAGAAUUCAUCGGACAAAACAGACAUGACUCCCUCCUCUGCCUCUCCACCAUCUUAUAACAGUGUGGCCAAGUCAGAAAAGGACAAAUAUGAGAAGGAGAGGAGAGAGAAGGAGGACAAAGCAAAAGAUGCAAAGGACAGAAAAAAAUGAACGAGGGAUUAAAAUGGAGACUGUUUUUUUCAGUUGAGACACUGUUUACAGAGAGGAGUGAGAGCAGCGUGGUGCAAUUCACCUCAAGCGGUUUUGGAACUAAUGCCAAACUGAACGUGUGGAGUGGAAUGUGUGUAUGAGCGUGUGCCUAGAUUAUUGUGUGUGUGUGUGCACACUGAGCUAGCCUUAGGAUGCAUUUAUGGUGUUGACAGAGAGCGUUCAUUCAAGGACAGUGCCAGCGUCAACACAACAUACGUGCACACACGUGCUAAAAGAGUAUGACUGUUGUAUCCCUAAGGAUGCUGGUGCGCAACAAAAUGGCAAGUAUAGAGUGGUGUGUGAGUUUGUCUUUUAGUUUUGAGUGUUGUUAAACAAUCCUGAGGACUGAAAGAAACUGUUAUAGUCAUCAGUAGCUAGUGCUAACACUACCACUGGUGUCUUUCUUAUUGAAUGGCGUAUUAUAUACCUGCACAUUUUUGUUAGCUCAUUUUUUUAAUCAUAUUGAACUUUUCUACUCAUGGGUUUGAUUGUCUGAAAUACUUCAUUUAAGGGCACGUCUGUGAAGGAGAAUAGGAAUGUGGAUCAUAUCCGGUAGUAAAUUAUCUGAAUGCACCUACAACUGGACCUCAUUUGCUUUAGCAUUAGCGCAUGCCGAACAAAAUCACACACAUAUAAACAGGUAGGUUCCAAGUGCUAGGAAAUCAAUCGCUCAGUAAGCUGAGAUCAGAAUGCUACUGCACUAAUCAGGAUUUUUACAAAUAGAAUGUUUUAUUAUUAUUAUUAUUAUUAUUAUUAUUAUUAUUAUUAUUAUUGUUAGACGAUGUAGACCAUGUCUACACUGCCUUACAGAAAACAAAUACAAAAAAUGGAUUAAUCUUUCACCGUUGGUAGUAGAAGGAGCCAAACUGAAUUAUUGAAUUUUUCAAAGUGUAUCUAAUUCAAAUUUAAUUUGCAAACCACAGAUGAUGGGUAAUAUGAGACAUGUAUUCACCCCACAGUCACUACGGUAAUGUUCACAGACUUUAAGAAGCCUGAAUGUACGCUCUGUUGAACGUGACAGGGAACAGUAAUGUAACCCUGAAUGUGUCCAUACCAGACAGCCACAUGUCUCACCUCCUCAUUUUAUUUUGUAACAACAACAAAAAAAGAAUGCAUAUGUACACCGAUCAGCCACAACAUUAAAACCACCUGCUUAAUAUUGUGUAGGUCCCCCUCGUGCCGCCAAAACAGCGCCAACCCUCAUCUCAGAAUAGCAUUCUGAGAUGCUAGUCUUCUCACCACAAUUGUACAGAGCGGUUAUCUGAAUUACCGUAGACUUUGUCAGUUCGAACCAGUCUGGCCAUUCUCUGUUGACCUGUCUCAUCAACAUCCCAGGAGAUCAGUAGUAACAGAAAUUCUCAAACCAGCCCACCUGGCACCAACAAUCAUCCAUGCGAUUAUCUAAUCAGCCAAUCGUGUGGCAGUAGUGCAGUGCAUGAAAUCAUGCAGAAAUGGGUCAGGAGCUUCAGUUAAUGUUCACAUCAACCAUCAGAAUGGGGAAAAAAAUGUGAUCUCAGUGAUUUGGAGCAUGGCAUGAUUGUUGGUGCCAGAUGGGCUGUUUGAAUAUAUAUAUAUAUAUAUACAGUUGUGCUCAACAGUUUGCAUAC